GCCUUUUAGAGUCUCAACUAUCUAAAUCAACAUACACCCGUCUCAAGCCUUUUAUAGUCUCUCAACAACCACUUCAAACUCUUUGAAACCUUUGUGACAAUGGAUGUAGUGAAUGUAAUGAUUCAAGAAAAGCCAGUGGUGAUUUUCAGCACGAGCUCUUGCUGCAUGAGCCACUCCAUCGAGUUGCUUAUGCGUGGAUUUGGAGCAAAUCCAACGAUUUAUCAGCUAGACCAAAUUCCAAAUGGACAACAAAUUGAAAGGGAACUAGUAAAGAUGGGGUUUCGACAGAGUGUACCUGCUGUGUUCAUAGGCCAACAGCUGAUUGGUAACGAAACGCAGGUGAUGAGCCUCCAUAUCCAGAACCAACUAGUCCCAUUGCUUAUUCAAGCAGGUGCAAUAUGGAUUUAGAAUAAGUAGUUUCUCUCUACGCAAUAGGACAUGGAUCCAUGUCACGCCGCAGAAUAUUUAGAUAAGCUACUAGUACUGUUUCCUUUUCGUUUGCUGUUUUCCCCAUUUAAGACAAAAUGAUAAUUGGCACUGCUCAGAACCUCUUUACGCUUUAAAUUUUUCCCGAAAAAGUUUCAGAACUUCCACGCAUCUAUGCUGUAUCUAAUAAGGAUGCACUGCUUUUGCUUCAUUCUAUGCUGGCUCAAAAUCAAGCACAAACAUUUUGUAUCGAGGAUAACAAGUGCUGUUGAACUUCAUUUACUGGUAAAAACUUCUAUGAAUGGGACAAGAACUUCAUUUACUGGUAGAACUUUAUUUCUACCACAGUAUGUUGGAAAUAUAGAGUUAUGGUGUUUGCGGUCGCUUACUCUCCAUGUGAACCAGAUGUCAGAGACAUGAGCCUUCGUAAAAUUGCUGGAAA